AUGGAGCGUCCAGUGGAAGACAUCGUGAAGGUCAUCCCUCUGCUUACCCAGUCUCCGCCAUCGUUACAACAAAAAUGCAUUGAGCGAUUUUUCACGCGCGAUGCCUCAUUCUAUCAUCCAUUCUGUUAUGUUCCAAGUUUUGAAGGGAGCAGAUGGUAUGUGCUAAAAAUUUUCCAAUGGUACAAAAUCAUGUCACCGCGGAUUGAAUUGGAAAUCCAUUCUGUCGCAUUUGAUGAGCAAAACCUCAAGCUUUACAUUCACAUGUCCCAGAUUUUUUCAAUCUGGAUCAUACCCUUUCAUGUCGCACCGGUGACUCUGACAACGGUUCUUGACCUGACCACCGACUCAAGCCAAAGUCAUGACGAUCACCCCCUGUACUAUAUCAAAAAGCAGGAGGAUCUCUAUCAGACUUCGGAGUUUAUCAAAUUCCUGUUACCCCACGUGGGACACUGGCUGGUUUCGGUCUGGCAUCUGUUCGCAACCUUCUUUUGCAUUAUCGGGGUUUUUGCUCUUUGGCCAAUGCUGUGGCUAGAAGAGAAUGGUUACCUGCCUAGUCGAAUCGCGCAAGGUAACCUAGCCUUUAGCAUUGAUCGAAAUAUUGCGGAUAUCAAACAGAAGUGA